AUGGGCACGAUGAGAUUCAUUGGUCUCCUAUGCCUUUGCGCUUCGAUCAUAGUGAUCACUGAGGGAUUGAUGAUUUUACCUCAGUUGGAUGACGAGUCUCUCAACGACAAGGAACGCAUGAUAUGUAAUGUCAUUGUUCGAGCUGUACAUGACCUGCAUGUUUAUCAAAAGAAGUCCGUGCAGGAGAUUAAUGUGUAUUUGGAUGCUGACUGUAAAAAACUUGUAAAUGAAGAUCUCGUCGAUCAGUGUCAUGAAAUGGUAACUGAAAAUGGCGCACAGAUCUACGAACAUGUGAAGAAUGGCAUCGAAAUGUCUCAAAUCUGCCAAAAAAUCAGCGAUUUCAAUGAAAUAGAUCUUCCAUACAGUGACGACGACGAGAACAACUAUGACGGUAAAACUAAAUGUUCACGUAAAGGUAAAGACAAAUGUCAGUGCUGUAAAAUCCAUGUCUUCAAGCGGAAAAUGCGCCUUCAUCAAGUUGUCAAACAGAUUGCUCGAAAGCAUCUUCGUAUGUGUAGAAAAUCUAGUCGAGUACUCCGCUGCCGCUUUUGGGUCCGGGAAAGGGAACGUCGUUUUCUAAAGAAAAUUGAAAAGAUUUGUCCGUGCACUAUUUGUACACAUCUUGGCUAUUGCAAGAAAAGAGCCGAGGGUAAUAAUCUCGCAAAUGUCGAUCUUUUCGCUAAUCAAUCAUCGCUAUUGCUGGAAAUGUUACUUGACCAACAAUUGGACACUUUUUUUAGCAAGAAUAUUUGCAGUAACUUCGAAUCAUUGCAGGCAAGUUGUGUUCAGAUUGCCGCAUCGGUUGAUAGCCAUCAUUAUGGCAAAGUUCACAUGGCAAUGCUUCGAGAUGAUAUAACGUGGAUUGAAAAAGAUCUUCAAAAGAGCAUACAAUCGAUCAACGCCGAUACCAACACCAAGCCAUGCGGCGCAUGUAAAGAUACCGUUCACUUUUCCGCCAACUUCUAUACUAAGAAUUUAGGAUUGGUGCGUGACACGUUGAUGAACAUUUGUGGACAAUGGUCAUCGAAAGAAGAUUGUCAAGACGUUCUGAACAAGCAAUUUGAUGAUGUUAAGAAUUAUUUGCAUACAUUGAAAGCAGAUAGUAUCUGUACAGUUAAACAUCAUUGUCCCGUGAAUGUCAAUGAUAAAUGUGCUGCGUGUGUUCAACGCUUUCAACCUCGCAAAGAUACAGCUAAAAAAUUUGUUGAUCAUUUCGCAUCAUAUCUACCCAGUCUAUGCAAAAAUGCAGCCGCUUCACAAUGUUUACAAUUUGUCUCGGAAGUCACAGCUGAACUUCGUUCAUUCAUCGACGAUUUCGAUGUUCAGAAAACUUGUCUAGCAAUGGGCUUUUGCGAUGGGAAUGCUGCUCAAGAUUUAGAUAGUUAUGAACGUGCUUACGUAGAAGUCAUGAAGAACGAUGUGUGUUCAAUGUUGAAACCUUACGAAAAACUUUGCGAGAAAGUCAUUCAAGGUGACAAUCUUGACACCGAAGAAAUUAGUUUUAUCGCCAAAAGCAUGGAAGAAUUCUCUUUACGUUGUGAAUCUUCCCCGGAUGAAAUUGUUUCGAGCGUGGUGGAUGCUUCCGAGGGAAAAGACAAAUGUCAAUGUUGCAUCAAUCACGUCAUUCAGAAGAAGAAGAUUAUUAAAGAACGCAUUGCCAAAUAUGUCGAACAUAUGAAAGAACUAUGCAAACGUUGUCCAGCACGGGAAAAAUGCGAACGUCAUUGGGACGAAAAGAAGGCUCGAUGGGAUGCUAAAAUAGAUAAGAUCUGCCCUAAAAGAGCCUGUGUUCAUAUGGGUUAUUGUACUAAUACACAUCCAUUCGCACAGCCAUUACCAUUUCGCAUUGGUACUACCAUUCUUCAACCUGAAAUUGAAAAGAAAAAAAAAUUGGUUUGA